CGGCGCAGACUCCGCGGUUAAUAGUUUGCGACAGUGUUUUGCUGGUGUUAGACGUCAUAAUGCCAGCACUGCAUCACGCGUUCGAAAAUGCCGGUAAAUCCGCGGGCUUGGAGAUUUGGAGAGUGGAGGACUUCGAACCUGUCGCAGUUCCGAAGCAUCAGUAUGGAAACUUCUAUGCGGGGGAUUCCUACAUUGUUUUAAAGACCACUGGUUCAUCAAAUCUAUCUUGGGACGUUCACUUCUGGCUGGGAUCCAAGACAAGCCAAGAUGAAGCCGGUGCGGCAGCUAUUUUAACAGUCAACCUGGAUGAUGAGCGGUUCCAAGGUUUGGCUAUACAGCACCGGGAGACGCAAGGCCACGAAUCCAGGCAGUUCUUGGGAUAUUUUGAACCAGCAAUUCGGUACUUGGAAGGCGGUCAUGCGUCAGGCUUCAACCAUGUCAGCGUAAACGCAGGCGCAGAGAAGCGAUUGUUUCAGAUCAAGGGAAAGAGGAAUGUAAGAGUGAAACAGGUGGAAGCAUCAAUUACAUCAAUGAACAAAGGCGACUGUUUUAUCCUGGAUGUGGAUCACGAUAUACUACUGUACGUUGGAGACCAGGCCAAGAGUGUGGAGAGGCUGAAGGCCAUUUCCGUAGCCAACCAGAUCAGGGACCAGGAUCAUAGUGGACGGGGAAACAUUGAGAUUAUUGAUCCAUACUCAAGCGAAGGUGAUGUGAACCAAUUCUUCUCAGCACUCGGUUCUGGUGAUCAAGAUUCUGUACCUGAUGCUGAAGAUGGUGGUGAUGAUGAGGACUUCGAACGCGGUGUAACUAAGGAAGUUAUCUUGAAUGAAAUAUCUGACAGUACCGGCUCCAUACAGAUAAAGAAAUUGUCUCCUCCCUACACGCAAGAUUUACUUAGUACGAAGGAGUGUUACAUUUUGGAUACUGGCAGUAGUAUUUACGUCUGGAGAGGAAAGGAAUCUAACGGACAGGAGAAAUCUGAAGCUAUGAAGAAAGCCGAACAGUAUUUGCAGGUUAACAAUUAUCCAUCAUGGGUACACAUUUCCAAGGUGGUUGAGGGAAUUGAGCCUACGGCAUUUAAGCAAUACUUUGAAGACUGGAAUUAACUUUAAAAUACACAUAAUAUUUUAAUAUUAUGUGUAUUUUGUAUUCUUUAGAAUAACACUAAAAUUGCAUUCAAAUACAAUCACAGUUAAAUGUAUGUAUUUAACUUAUAUGCAUUGUCUGCGAAUACAAUCACGUUUUAUAAAUAAUUUUACAAUUAAAUUAUUAUCUGAAUUUUUCAGCAUAAACAAAUAGCUACUAUUUAAUGUAUCGUUAAAAGUAUUAUUAAGUUAAAGUGUCCUUUUUAAACUGUGUCUUAAUAAUACAAACAUAUUUUGUUACGCACAAUAAA